GGCGGCGUUCGUCUUGCAUUUCUCCAAAAAAGAUCUCCAACCACAACUUUUCCUUUUCUUUCCCUUUUUUAUUAUCUUCAUCGAUCCUGCGGGAGCACUUCUCAUCGCCAGCUCUCAAUCAUUUUUUUUCAUCUAUUAUUGGGCCUUCGCCGAACCCCCGAACAUGUCACCGUCCGGACCGGCGUUGUACAGAGCACGAUAAACAAAACAAAGCCCAUAACUCGACGUCUCGUCGCACACACACACACACACACCCCCCGGCACAUCGCAACCCCGAAGCCCCGAGAUCUUCCUCCCCUCCCCAAAGAUACCAUACUCCCCGCAGCCGUUGCUAUCGUCAACAGGACAAAGAAGAAAAGCAGGCGCGCCCAGACGGCGAAAGAGAGACAAAGGCCAUCACCAAACUUACGAUAAAAAGCUCCAAGCCCGACGAUGGCAUCACAAGGCGCACCAGGCGACUCCCGCCCCAUAACCCCAACGCCCUCACAACUCCCGCCCGUCCCCGCGUCGCCAGUCUACUCCCUCGCCUCGACCGCGAACCCCCUCUCCUCCUACCACCUGCCCCUCCCGCCACCACCGCAGCCCGUCCACGCCGUCCUCACAAAGUCCGACCUCGAGUCCUCCCAGACGGCCUACACCGAUCUCAUCCAGUCCGCAAAGGCCUACCGCAUCGCCCUCGCCUCCCUCUCGACCGCCGCAUCCGCCUUCGGCUCCGCACUCGAGUCCUGCGCAAGACUAAAAGAAGCCCGCGCCGAGUCUCUAUCAGGCGGCAUAAACGGUCUUUCGGGAGGCGGAGGAGGCGGCGGUGGCGGAGGCCUGUUAUCAGCGAGCUUCACCGCCGGUGGACCAAAGGGCUCCUGCACCGCCGACCUGCUCCUCUCCGCCUCGGGCGUCCACCACCUCGUCGCAAACCACCAGCAGAUCCUCUCCGAGACCGUGUACCGCGACUUUGAGGUCCCCUUACUUCACGAGCUAGACCAAUGGCGACAGCGCGUCGACGACGAAGAGGAGGCCUACGUGCGCGAGGUGAAGGCCCGCAACGCCGAGAUCAGGAAGCUGGAAAAGGAAGGGCUGAAGCUGCAUAAGCAGCGCAGGCGGGACGUGGGCAAGUUCAGGGCGCACCUCGUGGACUUGACGACGAGGCUCGAUGGGUUGACGUCGUUGCACGGGGAGCACGCGCGGACGCUGCUCAGGGAGAGCCAGGAUACCAGCGGCCGGAUCCUCGAGUCGUCGUGUAGUCUUGUGCGCGCCGAGGUCGACAUCUUUGAGUCGCUUGCGCGCAAGGGGUGGAGUGGCGGCGGGCUGGACGAGUUAUUGGAAAAGGGCGCGGAUCUGUUUGCCAGCGACGAGGUCGGUGAUCACUCUGGCCUGGGGAGCGUUAUUGGCGGUGGUGUAGGCGGUGGCGGCGGGUCGGCUGAGACGGCGAAGCUGUUUAGCAUUCUUCCGCCCAAGAGUAUCCUCGCGGACGCGGCGUCGGAUAUGACGAGACGAGGGGGCCACGUGAGGGGCGAUAGUCUGCUGAGCGAUCCGGAGCGGUACCAGAGUCUUGCGGCUGCCGCGGGAGGGCCGUCGCCUGGCUUCGGUGGAGACGAUAACGAUACGGAUAGUAUCUUUUCCGAGACGAAUUUCAACCGGCCCAGAGGCGUGAGGCCGUUUUCGCCCCAGCCUAUCCGGCGGCACGCUACCGACGUUACGUUUGAUAGUUUGGGGGUCGGGCUGAGUGAGGAGUCGAGGGGCGAGGAAGACAAGGUUGCAGAGGAUGAGGUGGAACAGAGGCAGCACGAUGUGCUCAUGGAGGAAGACGAGGGAGAGACUCUUGAGGAGAGGCCCAAUUGGGGCGACGAGCCGGUUGAUUCCAAGACUCCUACCGAAAGAGGAGAAGAAGAACAAGGCGACACUGCGACAUUGCUGGGAGAAGCUGCCGUCGUGGAAGACACAACCGAGCAAGACGAGGCGGUACUCGCAAGCGGUUCGGAAGAGAGAGGGCGGCCGGGGCGGCGGUGGAGUGUAAAUGAAGACGACGCCUAGAUGUUUUACUUUCAGUCCGAGGUUCGGUGGUUGCUCUGCUAGGGGGUUUUAACGGUGGCAGGAAAAACUCAUGAUUCAUUCUUGUUAUACCCAUUUAGAGGCGGCGUUGUUUUAUCUUCUACUUACCUGGUGGAUUGAGGGGACGGUACGAUCCUCUCUCUCUCGUCAUCCCCUUUUGGCGCUUGGCAUAGAUACAUAGUCUGUUAUACAUAUUUUGGUUAACCAACUCUUUUUGCACAUAAUUUCGCACCUCACGAUUCUUAGUCUCAAAACUGUUAUGUAUCUUUUCGCCUAAGCUUCUUUGAAUCUU